AUGCUCAGAAUCAACGGAUCAGACGAGUACAUCAAUCAGACCCAGAUGGAUGCGAUUCAGCCCCACCUAGGGGAAUUCUGGAAUAGUUCUUUGAGCUGGACGACAUCCGAUGGAAGUUGGACACGACUUGCGUUUGCCGGUAGCCACAUCUGGGCCUACGGUUUGGCUGGUCCCAAUCAAGGGUCGUUCACUGCUGCCAUCGAUAACACGACAGUUGGCGUCUUCUGUGCCCAGCAGGACAACGUGGAUUAUCAUCACUUGAUUUUCGACACCGAGGUGACCGGCGAAGGGAUUCAUUAUCUUACUUUGAUCAAUUCCGGCAAUCAAAGUCUGGCAUUUGACUAUGCUGUGGUUCUGUCGAAGACCGAAGCGGCGACAUCGUCUUCUGCAGAGCCAUCAUCAGUCACAUCGAUUGGAACUUCCUCUAUCCCCCUCCCUUCAACUGCUGCCAGCACAUCCUCGCCUCAAUACGAGUCCCAGCUCGCUGAGCAAACAGGAAGCUACCAAUUCAAAUGGACAGGCGCCAUGUACUUUGUCGCGAUCUUCUCCUCCCUGAUGGGGGUCAUCUUCCUGAUCUGGUUGUCAUAUGCCCUAUAUAGAUGGUGGCAGGCUAGACGGUCGCACGAAUCUACCGCUGAGGAGGUGGUGAUGUCUAGCCAGGACAAGCAGGAUAGUGCAACGGAGCAGAGCGACGGUGGCUCCAGCUGGCUCAUCAUGGGCGAGGAAGAGAGGGUGAAGGUCAAACGAUCAACGAGGCUGCUGGAAGCCCUCAGGAGCAAGAAGAUCAGUCCUCCGCGUGCCGAGGACAAUGGGAGUAUCACCACUGGUGGUAGGAGAGGGAGCAGCGGAACCGCAUCGUCUAGCGGCACAAGAUGGGUUCAGCGAGACGUAGAGAAGGGAUGGCACUAG